GUUUCACAAUGUUUACGAGCACCCCAGAGUUCAGCGCGGAACUCUGGGUUAGGCUUUAGUUGGCCUUCAUGUUGAGUCGUGGUGUGCGAGAGAGUGGUCAUUGAAUGGUUUCAAACAACCGGGAGUUUUAUCAAUACAUUAUUAUUUUCAAAAACGUUAUCACAGUUAUUCAUUCAUCAGUGUAGUUUUGUGAAGGAACAUGGUGUCAUUGAAGCGGGAGAGGAAUCCGGAGCUGGAAGAUGGGGAGGAUGAUGUCCCAGCCAAAGCCGGACGCUCACAGGAUGUUGCUGAAGAUCACAGGAGUCGACAUUGCCCGUAUUUGGACACUAUCAACAGGAGUGUGUUGGACUUCGAUUUUGAAAAGCUGUGCUCCAUUUCCCUCUCUCACAUUAACGUCUACGCCUGCCUCAUUUGUGGGAAAUAUUUCCAAGGUCGUGGACUGAAGUCCCAUGCCUACACCCACAGCGUGCAGUUCACCCAUCAUGUCUUCCUCAACCUGCACACCCUCAAGUUCUACUGCCUGCCGGACAACUAUGAGAUCAUCGACUCGUCCCUGGAGGAUAUCACGUACGUCUUGAAGCCCACUUUCACCAAGCAGCACAUCGCAAACCUGGACAAGCAAGGCAAGCUGUACCGUGCCUACGACGGCACCACGUACCUGCCAGGCAUCGUGGGGCUCAACAACAUCAAGGCCAACGACUAUGCCAAUGUGGUCCUGCAGGCUCUGUCCAAUGUGCCCCCAUUGAGGAACUACUUUUUGGAGGAGGAGAACUACAAGUCCAUCAAGAGGCCCCCUGGGGAUAUCAUGUUCCUGUUGGUGCAGAGAUUUGGGGAGCUGAUGAGGAAACUGUGGAACCCACGCAACUUCAAGGCUCAUGUCUCUCCCCAUGAGAUGCUACAGGCUGUGGUGUUGUGCAGUAAGAAGAACUUCCAGAUCACCAAACAGGGAGAUGCUGUGGAUUUCCUGUCCUGGUUCCUGAACGCCCUGCAUGGUGCUCUUGGUGGAACAAAGAAGAAACCUUCAAUAAUAACCCAGGCUUUCCAGGGCUCCAUGCGCAUCUUCUCCAAGAAACUGCCCCACCCUGACUUGCCGGCGGAGGAGAAGGAGGCUCUGCUGGCCAACGAGGAGUACCAAGAGAAGAUGUCCGAGUCCACCUUCCUGUACCUGACCCUUGACCUGCCCACCGCCCCUCUCUACAAGGACGAGAAGGAGCAGCUCAUCAUCCCCCAGGUCCCCCUCUUCAACAUCCUGGGCAAGUUCAACGGCAUCACUGAGAAGGAGUACAAGACCUACAAAGAGAACUUCCUGAAGAAGUUCCACUUGACCAAACUACCUCCGUAUCUCAUCUUCUGCAUCAAGAGAUUCACCAAAAACAACUUCUUUGUGGAAAAGAACCCCACCAUCGUCAAUUUCCCUAUCACGAACGUGGACCUGCGGGAGUACCUGACCGAGGAAGCCCAGGUCACGGAGAAGCACACGACCUAUGACCUGGUGGCCAACGUGGUGCAUGAUGGGAAGCCCAACGAGGGAGCGUACCGUAUCCACGUGCUGCAUCAUGGGACUGGGAAGUGGUACGAACUACAGGAUCUGCAGGUGACUGACAUACUGCCUCAGAUGAUCACUCUUUCAGAGGCGUAUAUUCAGAUCUGGAAGAGACAAGAGAGCGAAGAGGAAAACAGCCACAUGGGGGCGUGAGAGCAGCGCUGCUCAGGUCCACACAGGGAGCCGGGUCUCGGCAGAGCGAGGUCUUUUAGUUUUGUUUUAAUCUCAUCUAUACAAACGAUACAUUUCUCCACUGCUGGCUUUAUAAAACCACACACAUGGGUGCUUACAACAGUGGACUGUGAAAGUCGCCUAGAGCAAUUGUUUUUCCAUUUGUUUUUCUCUCUAAAACAAUCUUCUUUUAAGGUUCUUACAAUUCGGUGCGUCAUCUCCACCACCAGUCUGACAGUUGCCAACCGUGUCAGGUGCCCUUUUGUAUUUUGUCUUGUCAUUAUAUUUAAUAAGGAGAACUCCCCAAAAUCUGUAAAUAAAUUUUGGUAAAAAAAGAUGUUUGAAUGCCAUUUUGUUCUGGGGUAUUGAUCUAAAGGGGUAUUUCACCUUUGACCUUUGCAUUGAAGAGAAACUGUCCAGUGGUCAUUCUGGUACUAAAAAACUUCUAGUAUGUUAUGUAGUGUUUACUCAGAUUUGUUUUUUUAUGUUAAACUGUGAUUUAUUGUUUUUUUUUUAUAAAUAUCAGUCCAUGUGUACGCCCUGGUUUUGAGCGAGCAGUGGGCUUUCCAUUCUGGGUCUUGUUCAUCUUAAAAAUGAUGGGAUCUGUUUGUGUAGAUAGAGUGCAGGACCGAUGGACUAAGAGGUUCAAAGACAGUCCAGUCCCCCCGGGAGUCAGGAAUUAUAUAGCCAUGACUGGACACUUGGGGUCACUUCGCUGUUACAGGGUUCCCUUCCACUUCAGAUAAGGGUUCUCCCCACAGAGGACCUUUUUAGAUUUCCAUCUCGCAGAGAGUUGAGUGAUGGUUUUCAAGCUGGGCGGAUCCUGACGCUGGGAUCUGACGGCUGAGGUUGCGUGUCCUGACGACAGCCUGUGACAUCAGAAUGAGAUGGCACUUCACUUGGAUAACUCCGACGACAUGCCCAGGAGGCUAGGAAUCCUACCUUGGGCUUGGAAGAGACGGCUCAUGAUGGCUCAUGAUGUUUAAAAACAUGAUUGCCUGGACCAGGACAAUCAUCAGGCCUUGUUGGUGUUUUCUUUUCCUCUGUGCCCACAUGGUCUUGUUGCUAUAAAUUUAUUUACUAUAAAAAAAAUCUUGCAAAGGGCAGCACAGCUGAUAACAAAUUUGAGUUUGGAUUAAAAAAGCUUUGUAAACCGCGUGUAGAAGAAUAAAGAUGUUAUGUGUA